AUGUACGCUUAUCACUUAAUAGGUAUAGAAGAAAAUAUUGUUGUGGAGACAAGUGAAAAUAUAGUCAGAGAAGAGAGUGAAAAUGCUGACAUUUUGGUGGUGGCAAUACCACAAAUGCCAGGUGAAGAAUACGACCGUUGCUUUGUGUGGAGGAAUACAGUGGUAGCCAUUACAGUGGUAGGAAUGAAGACAUUGGAUCGGUUAACAUUCUUUUGCCAUGCGGCCAUGGAUGGUGUUGUGAUAAUUGUGGUCAACAACAAACCAACUGUGGAAUUUGCAAGACACCAAUAG